UCGCGCGCACACGCACGCAUAUAUAGACAGUGAGCGAGAGGCGGAGGUGCUCACAGUAGUGGCGGUGCAGCCCAGCACGGUAAAUCUCGGCUUAUUUCACUUUGGUUCAGCACGAAUGUAGCACGACAAGGAAGCAGCCGGAAGCUCACGCGGAUUUUGUGCACGUUGUUUGUGUUUGUUUAUUUUUGGUUUGUUGAUUUGCUCUAACCACAGAGCUCGGCGGCUGGACAGUAAUGUUUGUGUCUAAACGCUUGUUCGGAGACAAAAUACGGAAUUAUUGGAGGCAGUGAAUUCUUCAUACUGCUAUCGAACCAGAUUGGAAAAACAAGAGAGGACCUAGUCGGACUCCAAACAUUAAUGAUUGAAAGUGGGACUCCUCUGACCCUACUAAAUUGAAGAUGAUGUUGCUAUGGAAACUGGUGGUGCUGCAGUCACUCAUGGGGUGCCUUGCAGAGAGCAGUGUCCCGCAGAGUCCUGUCUUCACCAAGCAGCCUGGCAGCAUUGUGUAUCCUGUGGAAAACCUAGAGCGGAGCAGAGAGGUGGUGUUUAGCUGCGAAGCCCAAGGAAGCCCAGCUCCUCUUUAUCGGUGGAAACUGAAUGGCACAGAAAUCAGCCCUAAAUCUGGAUCUCACUACAGCCUCUCUGGCGGCAACCUCAGAAUCAACCACCUGAACAAAGACCAAGAUGCUGGAACGUAUCAGUGUCUGGCCUCCAACUCUUUUGGAACCAUUGUCAGCAGGGAGGCCAGUCUAACCUUUGCUUACUUGGAGAACUUCAAGACUCACAGAAGAAGCUCUGUGUCAGUGCGUGAAGGCCAAGGAGUGGUUCUGCUGUGUGGCCCUCCACCGCAUUCUGGAGAUCUGGUUUUCUCCUGGAUCUUUAAUGAAUACCCGACUUUUGUGAGGCAGGAUACUCGUCGCUUCAUCUCCCAGGAGACAGGGAAUCUGUACAUUGCCAAAGUGGAGCCUUCAGAUGUUGGCAAUUACACCUGUGUGGUGACCAACACAGUCACUAAGACCAGAGUCCAGGGUCCACCCACUCCAUUGGUGCUGCGCAGUGAUGGUGUCAUGGGUGAAUAUGAGCCAAAGAUCGAAGUUCAGUUUCCAGAAAUCAUUCAUGUCGCCAAAGGAUCCACAGUGAAACUGGAAUGUUUUGCUCUGGGGAACCCCGUGCCCUCGAUAAUCUGGAGGAGAGCCGACGGUUUGCCAUUUCCCAGGAAAGUGGACAUGAGGAAAGCCAGUGGCGUCCUGGAAAUCCCAUAUUUCCAGCAGGAAGACACAGGCACGUACGAGUGCAUGGCCGAGAACUCCAGGGGAAUUAAUACAGUCAAAGGAAAGCUCUCCUUCUACGCCCCUCCUCAACUCAUCGAAAAGCCCCAGGACGCUCAGAAGCUCAUUGAUGACUCACUGGUGUGGGAAUGUAAAGCCACAGGGAAGCCAAAGCCUUCCUACAGGUGGAUGAAAAAUGGAGAGAACCUUGAUUCUGCUGAGGAGAGGGUGCAGGUUGCCAACGGAGUGUUGUCAAUCAGUCGACUGACGCUCUCAGACACAGGGAUAUACCAGUGUGUGGCAGGAAACAAGCACGGCGAGGUCUACGCCAACACUGAGCUCCGAGUCAUUGCUGUUGCCCCAGAUUUCUCCCGCAAUCAACUGAGGAGCCAGACGCUGGUGCGGGUGGGAGGAGACGUGCUCAUCGAGUGCAAACCCAAAAUGUCUCCUUGGGGGGUGAUUUUGUGGCGUAAGGGCAACGAAGCCCUCAGAGAAAGUAACAGGGUCAAUAUUAUGUCCAACGGCAACCUUCGCAUAUGGAACGCAACCAAAUCUGAUGCUGGCCUCUACACCUGUAUGGCAAGGAACCAGUUUGGAACAGCAAGCAGCACAGGAAGUGUCACAGUCAAAGAGCCGACCAUAAUCACCACCCAGCCGUCCACGCUAGAUGUCACCGUGGGAGAGAGCGUGGUCCUCCCCUGUCAAGUGAGCCACGACCCCUCACUGGAGCUCAAGUUCACCUGGUUUUUCAACGAGCAGCUCAUCCAUUUCGGGAACCACGGUGGAUUUUUCGAAAAAGUCGGAGGAGUAAGUGCAGGAAUUCACACAGAUGUGUUUAAUUUCACUGUGCUCAUCACAGGGAAGUAUACGUGUGCCGUGCAGACCAAGGUGGACAGUAUUUCCAUUGCAGUUGACCUGGUAAUCAGAGGUCCCCCAGGGCCUCCUACCAGCAUCUACGUCGAAGAAAUCAGCGAUACCACAGCUUCUCUGUCCUGGAGGCCUGGUCCUGAUAAUCACAGUCCAAUUACAGCAUAUACCAUCCAGGCCAGGACACCAUUUUCCCUCGGGUGGCAGGCUGUCACCACAGUUCCUGAGGUGGUGGGGGGCAACCGGCUGACAGCUACAGUAAUAGACCUGAGCCCUUGGGUGGAGUAUGAGUUUCGAGUUGUGGCGAGCAACACCAUUGGGACCGGAGAACCCAGCAAGCCAUCCAAACAAGCAAAGACAAAGGGAACCACUCCCAAGGUCACACCAGCCAACGUGAGUGGAGGCGGUGGCAGUCGCUCUGAAUUAGUCAUUACAUGGGAGCCUGUUCCAGAAGAGCUGCAGAAUGGACCAGGAUUUGGGUAUGUUGUGGCAUUUCGACCACACGGUGCCACAGGUUGGAUGCAAGCCGCUGUGCCAUCUGCUGACGCUUCAAGAUACGUCUUCAAAAAUGAAAGCAUACAGCCUUUCUCGCCUUUUCAUGUGAAAGUUGGGGUUUACAAUAACGAGGGAGAAGGACCCUUUGGACCCAUUACCACCAUCUACUCUGCUGAGGACGAGCCUGGACGGGCGCCCACUAGGGUACGUCUCAAGAGCCUCUCUGCCUCUGAGAUUGAAGUGUCGUGGAAAGCUCUGCCCUGGAAUGCCAGCAAGAAAAGAGUGUUGGGCUACGAGCUGAGGUACUGGAGUAGAGAUGAAAGAGAAGACAUGGCCAGCGUGCUCAGAACAGUCGGGAACCAGACGUCCACCAUUAUCCAAGGAGUGAAGGGCAGCACCACGUACUUCAUCUCAGUGAGGGCGUACAACACGGCUGGAGCUGGGCCUCCCAGUGCAACUGUCAACAUCACAACAAAAAAACCACCGCCGAGUCAGCCCCCGGGUAAAGUGAUGUGGAACACCUCAAACUCCAAGAUUAUAUUGAACUGGGAGCAGGUCAAAGCUCUGGAGAACGAGUCAGAGGUCACCGGCUACAAAGUGCUGUACAAGAAGAACCGGCAGAGUCGGCCGGAUGUGAUGGAAACCAACACCACGUCGGUGGAGCUGGCCCUGCCCACUGAUGAGGACUACAUCAUCCAGAUAAAGCCCUUUGGUGAAGGAGGAGAAGGCAGCAGUAGCAGGCAGAUCACUAUCCCUAGGAUACCAGGUCCCAACGCAGUCGGCUCAGCGUCCAAGGUCUCUACUCUGUCGGCGCUCAGCACAAUAGCUCUGUCUUUCACGGCGAGAACAUCUUUAUGACUAACAGCUCUGAGCAGACACUGCUUCUAAUGUGGAGACAGAACCUCCACCAUGGAGCCCACACUACAUGGGCCACUCUGGUGUACCUGGAUCCAUUUAUAUUAGACUUUAGAGGCAAAAGGAAGAUGUUGAUAUAUAUAUACAUGGAUGAGAUAUAUGAGGUAUACAUAUAUAUGUA